GACAGUAAUUUUUUUAAAGGUAUUGAAUAUAACCAAGAUGUCUCUGAAAUGGCUCUCACUUCUGCUGCUACAGCUGAUCUGCUACUUUAGCUCUGGGAGGUGUGGAAAGGUGCUGGUGUGGCCACUGGAAUAUAGUCACUGGAUGAAUAUGAAGACAAUUCUGGAUGAACUUGUCACCAGGGGUCAUGAGGUGACUGUUCUCAUAUCUCCAGCUGCCGUUCUUGUUGAUCCCAACAAAUCACCUACUAUUAAAUUUGAGAUUUUCCCUGCAUCUAUAACUAAAGAUGAUUUUGAGAAUGUAAAGCGUUUGCUUGAUCUAUGGACAAACAUGGCAAAAGAUUCAUUUUGGACAUAUUUUUCAACAGUGGAAAGUCUCUUUUGGGAAUUUUCUGAUAUUAUUAUGCAGAUCUGUAAAGAAAUGGUUUCGAACAACAAACUUAUGACAAAACUACAGAAAUCAAAGUUUGAUGUGGUUCUUGCAGAUGCCAUCGGACCUUGUGGUGAGCUAGUGGCUGAGAUACUGAACAUACCUCUGGUGUACAGCCUCCGCUUCUCUCCUGGCUAUUUUUUUGAGAAAUACAGUGGAAAACUUCCAGUUCCACCAUCCUAUGUACCAGUUAUUAUGUCAGAACUAAGUGAUCACAUGACAUUCAUGGAGAGGGUAAAAAAUAUGAUAUAUGUACUUUAUUUUGACUUUUGGUUCCGGAUACUUAAUGAGAAGAAGUGGAAUCAAUUUUACAGUGAAACACUAGGAAGACCCACUACAUUAGUAGAGACAGUAGGGAAAGCUGAAAUGUGGCUCAUUAGAACCUACUGGGAUUUUGAAUUUUCUCGUCCACUGCUACCAAAUUUUGAGUUUGUUGGAGGCCUCCACUGCAAACCUGCCAAACCUCUGCCUAAGGAAAUUGAAGAGUUUGUUCAGAGCUCUGGAGAACAUGGUAUUGUGGUGUUUACUUUGGGGUCAAUGAUCAGUAACCUGACAGAAGAAAGAGCCAAUACGAUUGCAUCAGCCCUUGCCCAGAUUCCACAAAAGGUUCUGUGGAGGUACGAUGGCAAGAAACCAGAUACCUUAGGAUCUAAUACUCGGUUGUAUAAGUGGAUGCCCCAGAAUGACCUUCUUGGUCAUCCCAAAACCAAGGCUUUUAUAACUCAUGGUGGCACCAAUGGCAUUUAUGAGGCCAUCUACCAUGGGGUCCCUAUGGUGGGCAUUCCUCUGUUUGCUGAUCAGCCUGAUAACAUCGCUCACAUGACAGCCAAGGGAGCGGCUGUCAGAUUGGACUUGGAAAAAAUGUCAAGAACGGAUUUGGUCAAUGCCUUGAAGCAAGUCAUUAAUAAUCCUUCCUACAAAGAGAAUGCAAUGUGGUUAUCAACCAUUCAACAUGAUCAACCUGUAAAGCCCCUGGACCGGGCGGUCUUCUGGAUUGAGUUUGUCAUGCGCCACAAAGGAGCCAAGCACCUGCGGCCAGCAGCCCACAACCUCACCUGGUACCAGUACCACUCUCUGGAUGUCAUUGGGUUUCUACUGGCCUGUGUGGCAACUACUAUAAUUAUCAUCACAAAGUGUUGUAUGUUUUGUUGUCGGAAGUUUGUUAAAAUAGGAAAGAAAGAAAAAAGGGAGUAGCUGUAUCUGAAGCCUAACACAGGCAUGCCCAGUAGAUGGAACUCUUCCGUUUAUUCCAGCAGGAAGGAGGUAUGAUAAAGCUCCUGUUCUCCUGGAACAAAAUGACUUUUCACAAUUUAGCAUCUCAGAUCAAAUCUUGUUUUCAAGAGAUUUUCUACUGAUUUAAGAGUUAGUCAUCCCAAGAGAAAAAUUGAUGAAAAAUUAAAAAGAAAUAAAAAUAUAGGUAUAUAUUAGAUGCCAAGACCAGCUCAGCAGGAUGAGGCUGAAGAAUGGGUGCUGUGAAACUUAAGGAAAAAAGUUAACAUAAAACAAGACACAGAGACACUUAAGUAAAGAUGGGAACCGAGGAACUCAAGGUCUCAGGGACCAAGAGCACCACCUCAAGAAACCACACUGCUUUUAUUGUGCUCUUGAGGAUUAUGCCAAGUGAGAAGGGGAUUGUAAAUGCAGGAUAUAGGGUUUUUUUUAAGUUAUUUUAAAAGUCACAAAGCCAGUUGCUGAUUAAGCUUUUAUUCUGACCUUUAGGCAUUUAACAAUCAUUAGCAUUUGAGGAAGCUUGGCGUCAGCUCUCUAUGCAUAGCAUCUAGAAAAUAACCAUUGUGCUUCUUGCCUAUCUGCAGCAACCCUGCGGGCCUAGGUUUGCACCUGGUUCUCCUUGCUAAUGCAUAUCCUGCUAAUGACCCCUCAUAACCUCUUGGGGCCAUGAGGCUCCUCUGUCUUUUCUUUUUAAGAGGACGUAUUUUGCUGUGCAAACCGCAUGCCAAUCUGCACAGGUCCAGCGUGCCUAGACCGACACAUUAAAUCCUCAUUCAGCUGACCCUAUGAAUAAUUUAUGCCUUUAGGUCUUUGUUCUUAAGCUUAAGUCAUUUACCAGCACUGCAGCACUGCGACUGUUUUCCAAGCAGGAAGAUGGGGUAAAGUAAAACAGGACAAGAUGUAGUUUUCAGCAAAGAAGCUAAGAAAAUAUUGUAGAAACGUGUCUCGUGACAAUUAGAGAUUAUUGUUUUAAUUCAAAAGUUAUACUAAAAAUUACUGAAUGUAAGAGUGUUUCACAUGUUGUGCAUAGAUACAAGAACCAUAACAAAUCUACUUGGAUAUUCAUAUAAUUUUGCAGAUAUUCAGAAUAUUUUAACUUCAUUUUGGUCUACAAUUUUAUAUGUUAUCUUGCUACAGAAACUGUUCAAAAUUGGAAUUAUUUAAAAAGACUCACUCUUUCCAUUUUAUUUGUGAGACCACUAACAUUUCUUGGUUUUCACCCUGCAUCCAGUCUCAGCAUCACUUCUUAUCUAAAACCAAGGCAAGUCAUUUGCCCUCACCCAGUUUAACUCUUUUCCCUUUGGAAUGUUUGCAGAAUUAGAAAUAAAGCAACUGCUACCUGCUUCUUAUUACAGAAUUGAGCUAUUUGUGAAAAUCAUUGAUUUCAUUGCCUAAUUCUCUUUUUCACAUCAGCUUUCAAAAUAUUCACCUGAUUAUUUACACUGCCAUAUUCAGCCUUUGAUAAUGAAUGUAAGUUCUCAAUUAAAAAUUAAGAAAAUAUAUAUAAUAUGUAUUCUAAAGGGACUUAAUGAAUUUUUAUUCUCUCUAGUUGUAUCUGAAUAUAUCUAUUUAUCUUAUCUAUACUAUACUAAUAUUUAUAUCUAUAUAUGUAUACAUAGAUACAUUCUUUCAAAACAAGACAUGGCAUCACAUAGCCACUUGCAGAUGCAGUUACGAAAUUCGAUGUGUUUGCUGAACACAGACUGUAUUAAUGACCAUUAUAUUAUAAUCGACUAUCACCAUACUUUAGAUCAGCAUGUCCCCAUCUUUUGUUUUUUUACUCAGAGCUUAUUGCUUCGUCCUCCUGUGAUAUUUAUAUGUAAAAUUCCAUCCUUUGGUGUUCCCGUUAUGGCGCAGUGGUUAACGAAUCCGACUAGGUACUAUGAGGUUGUGGGUUUGAUCCCUGGCCUUGCUCAGUGGGUUAAGGAUCCGGUGUUGCCAUGAGCUGUGGUGCAGGUCACAGACUUGGAUCUCACAUUGCUGUGGCUGUGGCUGUGGCGUAGGCCGGCAGCUGUAGCUCUGAUUAGAUCCCUAGCCUGGGAACCUCCAUAUGCUGUGGUCGCAGCCCUAGAAAAGGCAAAAAGACAAAAAAAAAAAAAAUUCCAUCCUUUGUUGUGACAAAAAAAUAGUAUAGACAUCAUUUUACUUAAACCUAGGCUCACUAUAACUGUCACAAUCAAUAAGCAAAAUUAAAAAUUAUAUAAACUUUAGGGAAAAUUGGUAAAUCAAGUGAAAGCAAUCUGAAGGCACUCCUGAAAACUGAACGUCGGGAAAGCAUUUUAUGAUCAAAAUGGUCCAGGUGAGGAAAAAUGUACUUCUCUUAUUGAUCAAGAGGAACAUCAUCUAAGUCAUAUGACAAAUAUUCUUUAGCCUAAGGCAUAAAUGAUUUUAAAUUUAAAUUAAAACAUUGAUGCUUGGGAAAGUAUUGGGAAAAUUUACCACAGAAUUUUCCAUUCAAACCCUCUAGAUAAUGGAUAUAUUUGUAAAGAAAAAUAGAACUUAUAUGGUCCCAUCUUAGAUAAUAUUGUUAAAUAAUGCAUUUAGGUUAAUCACUUUUCCUCAAAUCUAUCAUGCAACACUAGAAACAGAAAAAGGAUUGGUAGUCAUUGUACAGUGAAAAUUACUGCAAAUCUCACACAAAAAAUCAAAUAGUCCAAUAUGACAAUAAAUAAAAGAUAUCAACAGGAAAUUCACAGAAAAGUGAAAUGGCUAAUGAGAUAUAAAAGAUGACAAAGUUCACUGAUGCUUUGGGAAAUGGAAAUCAAAUUAUAAAUUAUUUCCUACAAAUUAUUUGUGGAGCGGAUAAUCUGAUAGGACCGUUUUUCUGAAAGUAUAUGUGGAAAUAUCCUUUUAAAUAAAAUUUAAACAUACUCUU